AUGUUGCGACCCCUCCGCCGCUUACAUGCCUACAGGUGGGACAGCUCUGAUCCCGAGCGAGCUCCUCCCCCACUACCUCUGAAUCCAGGCAACAACAGUCCGGUCACAAGAUCAGGCACAUCAGCUCGCAUCGAAGAAGCUGCUGCUCUCAUUCAGGCUAGAGCUCGCGAAAAUGCUCCAAGCUCCUACACCAGCAAUCCAGCACCAAGUCCCUCGCCCGAAAAGAGUCCCAGCAGGCCCCAUCACCGUCGUAUGCAAACGAUCCAGACUUCCAGCAUCAGCAGGCUGAGCGACUCACUGGAACGAAGAUCACCGGAUAAAGGCCUGAGAUCUUCAAAGCAUGUCGAGUUUGAAGACCUGAGAAAAAAGGAUCGCAGCCCAACGAGAGUGCCCGACUCACCCACGCCUACUCCAAAGCAACUGAAUUCAGAGAACACUCCUCCAAUGCUGGCCCUUCAGACCAUUCGAUCGCGGCAGGAUGCCCUGCCGCCGCUGAGCGACAUCAGCAAUGCCGCUACGCCUGCAAACCCGUAUUCCUUCGAAUCGCUCUCUUCUCAGAUUCUUCACAUGACAAGUAUCGCGACAAAUUUGCAGAAAGAAAUGACUAAUCUCAGUAAGAGAAGCAAGGACAACGCAACCGAUCUGCUUAAUUUGAAAGAAGCCACCAAUAAGCGGGACGAGGAUAUCCGAGAUAGCCUUCGCAACCUCAUUUCAGGUCUCGACGGCCGGUUUCAAGGUCCUGAGCAUCGUCUACUCGAUGGACCAGAGGCAUCGCGAUCGACUCCAAAUCUAGGUCUUUACUUCGACGAGAAACCGCAGACGCCGAGAAAACACUAUAGCCUCCCGCGAAUAGCCAGCCCAUCAAGCUUAUCGGCGACACUGGACCGCGACAUCACUGCUUCACCUUCUCUGACUUACGUCGAUGGAGCCGCCAGCAUUGCACUGCUGGAGAAGGUGCUGAGAGAAAUGGCCACCAAGGAUGGUCAAGAGCGAAUCAUGGAGAUCUUGGACAAUGUGAAGUCUCAAGCUCUGGUUCCGGCUUCUGGAUCGAAUGGUGCAUCACAACAACCGUCUUAUGACCCGAGAAUGAUGGCAAAACUGGAGGACAUUCUCAGCUCUCUGCAUCAGCUACAAGAUGAUGCGAACAGCAAGACUCUUGUUCGCAAAACCGAGGCCACGAGGCGCGGAUCGCAACUCGAUGCUGUUUUCGAUGCCGAUAGAAGAGGCUCCAGCGUGAGUGUCAACUCAGAUCUUGCAAAUGACGACAUCAUGAAGAUGCUCAAAAGCGUCAAACAAUCACUCACGCAAGGUGGCGGCCUUACGAACGAAGUCAAGGCUCUAGUGCGCGAACUCCGGGGCGAAGUACUGGGCAUGGGAAGAGAAAUCGCGAAGAAGCUCGAGCAAGCCCAGAAAAGUGCUCGUGAGCUUGAGCCCAGUCCCAAGGGUCCAAACCGCGAAGAGAUCGAUCUCAUUGUGGACGAUGCUCUGGCCGAGCUGAAAGAGCACAUGCAUCAGAUCGUGUCCAACAAUCAACAACAGUCAGCUCGAUCAGAGAAGCCAACUGUGGAUACGGCCGCGGUUGUCUACGCUGUGACAACUGCUAUUGCCGCCAUGCCCCGUCCCGAGCCAGUUGAGAGCCGCGACAUCGCUGCCGAACGCCACGAUAUGAUUACUGCCGUCAAGGAAGCCUGGGAGGAGUGCAGACCAGAGGUAUCCCUCGAGCACCAUGGCCUGGAGCGCGACGAGAUCCUCGAGACUCUACAAGAGGGGCUCAAAUCGUAUCACCCAGAGCCUCUGCAACCCACGGUCAACGAAGCUGGAGUAACUUACGAUGACGUUCUCGAAGCCGUGCGAAAGGGCAUGGCGGACUUUGCACCGCCAAGGUUCGAGUCAGAGGAACCCCAGGUCACGCGCGAUGAAAUCCUUGCAGCUGUUCGGGAAGUGCUGGAGAAUUUCGACUGGCCACCGCCAUCGCUUGCACCCUCUUCGCUCAGCACAUCUACCGGUCUCAGCAGGCGAGAGGUGGUUGAAGCCGUCGAGGAGGGCAUGAAGAGCCAACCUCCCGUCGCCAAAGAGGUCGAGUUCAACAGAGAAGAUCUGUUUGAUGCCAUCAAAUCAUGCCUUGAAGGCGAACAGAACCCCCUUGGAGGAAUGGGAGAGCGUGUGGUCGAAGCAAUGCACGAAUUUCUAGGCAGCAUGAAGAACGAAUUCCAGCAGUACUCUGCUGCGAACGGACGUGACACUGAGCAAGUGCUUGAUGCGUUGAAAGAUGGCCUUGAGGACCUUCGACAGGACGUUCAGAGCUACGUAGAUCGUGCUGCUGAUGUCACAGGCAAAGAGGAGAUCAUCGAUGUCGUCAAAGCAGGCUUCACUGGUAUUCAGGAGGAUCUGGAAAGGGGCCUCAGUAACCGCCCUAAUCAGCCAGCAGCCACGACACCCGAGCUCCUAGAUGCCAUGGAGAAAGAGUUUCAGCAUUUGAGAGACACCAUCAGCAAGUCAAUGGUGCGAGACCAGCAAGGUUCAGACAAGGACGACAUCUUGGACGCAAUUCGCGAUCUGAACGACGACCGAUCAUCGGCGUUGGGCAGCAACAUCAGCACAGACGACAUCGUCAAGCAAGUCAAGGAAGAGCUUGAACACAUGAGAGCCGCCCUGGCGGGUACCUUAGUGUCAGCUGGUGCUUCGCUCCGCCGAGAGGAUGUCGUUGAAGCUGUUCGCGAGGGUCUAGAGACCCAUCGUGAGGCGCCACGUGGAGGGGAUGGAGAGAGCAUAUUGUCUAAUACCAGUGAGCUGCUGGACGCCUUCCAGGACGGAGUCGAGAACAUCCGAGCGGACUUGCAGAAGGUUAUCGACAGACCUGUCGAUUUAACAAGCAGUUAUGAGAUUCUCGACACUCUCAAGAUCGGCAUUGAAGAUGUUCGUGCGGACAUCGGUCGUCUGCAAACCAAACAGGACAGCGAUAGCGAGCCGGCCAACCCUCAAGACCGAGCAGUCGUUGUUCAUGAUGAAAACAAGAUCUCAACGGAAAUCGAAAGCCUCAAAGUCAUGAUCACACAGUUGCGCAUCAAGGUUGAAGCUCUCGAUACUAUGGGUGUACCGGCUCCUCAGGUAGAGGUUCCCACCGAGAUGCACAUCCACAAGGAUGAUAUUGAUGAACUUCACGUCGCUCUUCAAGGUAUCCAUACCACCGUCCGUGAAGUUCGCGAUGCCCCGCCUCCCGUUAUGGAGGCUGCAAUGCCACCAAACGCUGCUUGCAAGGAAGACACGGAUGCUAUCGAGACUCUUUUGCGAAAUAUGAAGGCAACUGUCGAUGAUCUGAUCUCUCCCGGUAUAGACUCGGCAGCGAAGACCGAGACACUGGCUGCCAUGGAGGAGACUCUUAGCGAGAUCAAGAUCGCGGUCGAAGAAGCAGCUACCCGACCUACUGAGAACAAUGAUAGCGUUGACUUGGAGCUGAUGCUCCUGACUGUCAAAGACAUCCAAAAAGCAGUCGAGGAGAUGCAAGAAAAGAUGAGUGGUCUUGCAACUGAGGGCGGUCCACUGUCUAAGGCAGAUGUCCAGGUCGUUGAGUCUCUGUGCGGCGAUAUUAGGACACAGGUCGAAAGUCUUCCGCUACCGGAUCCCGCAACACUCCCGACGAAAGAUGAAAUCUUCGAGAUCAAGGAAAACAUUCAAGCUUUCAAGCAACAGUACGAAGCUGAUAAUGAGCUGACAGCUCAAGCUUUCGAAGCUAGAAAAGUCGAGCAUGGUGGCAUUGCCAGCAAGGUCGACGACGUCAAGACAGUUCUCGGUGAUCUACGAGACGAACUUAUGUCGAAGCUGGAUGGGAGCGAAGAGGGAAUUGUUGAGCUCAACAAGGUCCUUGGAAUGCACCAUGACGGUAUGAGUUCUUAUGCAACCGCUGAAAGCAUCAAUGAGCUAUCUGAACUUGUCAAGGCAGAGUUUGCCAAAAACAUGGAGGCUAGCACGACCAUGAAGACUGACAGCGAAGAGAAGUCAUCAACCCUGUUCUCCAAGCACGAUGAGACUAGCUCUGAGAUUAAGGCCGUGAUCGAAGAGAAGUUCAACGAGCUGAUGACGAAGUAUGACGAUGCUCAGCAGUCCAACGAGACUAAGAUGGGCACUUUCGAGGAAGCAAGCAGGAGCCAAGGAGAGGCCGCUGCCGACGUCAAGAAUGCGGCGGCUGAGGUCAAGACUCUUCUGGAUGUCCUGGGUUCGACAGUCACAGAUACAUGUGAGAGGAUCUCCGAAGACUCGAAGACUGUCUUUGAAAAGGUGGAUGAAUCAUCGACCAGAAUUUCCGACCUUCAUAUCGCGAAUGCUUCAGAGCACGGCCAGACUCGGGAAGAGAUCACAAAGGCUGUUGAUGCCGCACUUCGACUCGAAGGCACGGUUGCCGAAAAUCAACCUGCUGUCCUUGGUGCCAUCAAAGAGGUUCUCGACGCUGUCACUCGCCACUACGAGCACUCCCAACAGCAGAGCGAGACAUUCACUCAGACCACUGAAGAGAUCAAGACUGGCGUCAGGUCCAUUCCAGAGUCCUUCCCCACUCUUCUGCCUGCUCCCGCAAGUCCGGUUCGCGAAUCCCCGCCACACGAGAGAUACGACGAUUCGCAGGUGCACGAUAAGCUCAACAAUCUCAUCUCGCACGCAGCACUUGCGAAGGAGAUGUAUGCAAGCAUCGAGUCCCAUCAGAAGACCACUCAAGAGAGAUUGGGCGACAUGGACAAGCUUGAGAAGCUUGAGAAGCUUGACGAGAUUCACGGUCAUGUCGUCGCCGCGGCUAGCGAGAUCUCGUCAAUGGUCGCCACACAAAGUAGACUCAUGGCUGAGCACCACGAGUCAAAGACUCAGGCCGCGACCGAGGCCGCUAUUGCCUUGGAAAAGCGGAACGCUCAGAAAGAGCAAGUUGAGGCCGAGAUCGUUGGCCUGCGGCGCGAGAAAGAAGAGCUGGCUGCGUCUAUGCUAGCUCUACGGAAGGAACAUGAGGAGCUUAGUAGCCAGACCAAGAGACUGACUCGCGAUGUCGCGAAGCUGGAAACUGCCCUCGGCAUUCGUCAAGAGGAGAUGCGCGACAUGAAUAACCGUGCUGAAACCUUGGAGCGCCGCAUAUUCGAAGGACUCAUGAACCAUGCCCGCACGAUUCGCGCUGGCAAGCCCGCGCAUGCCAAAAAGAUCUCACCGCAAGAGCGUGACGCCUCGAUGUCGCUCAAGCGCGUCCCAAGCUCCGCCUCCAGUACUGUCACAACUAGAGCACCUCCAAAAGAGCCUCCAACCAUCGGGUCCGCUGUCGGCAUGACGCUUAAGAAGAGAACACCCCUAGGCUCAGGCGCAAAUUCCAUUUCGGGACGCCAGUCCAACGUCGACCGACGCAUCCUCAGCACCAGCCAUGUCACGGGCCGCAGCACACCCGAUCGUGGCGCGCUCGUCCUAGCUCCGGCUCCGAAGGCGAGCAGUGGUUUCAUCGGCCUCAAGCGUAGCCAAUCUGUCAAGAGCAAUCCAAGCAUGUACGCCGGGAGCCGGAAGCCGAGCUGGAACGGAGUCAUGACCACCACAGCAGACAAGGAGAACCAUGGCGAUCUUGCUGAAGAGGCGAUGAUGAGCGGUGAUGAUGAUCUUAGCGACUCCGGCACCGAGCGCAGAACGAGCAUUGCAAGCGGCACAAGCUACAUGUACACCGACAGUCUUGCAUACGGCACAGGAAGUGAAGUCAGCACGAGUACCAGCGGCAGGAGAACGACCAGUUACGCUAGUAGCAUCGGCGGGACAAUCAAUGGCCAGACCGAGUCCAUCGCCGAGGAGGAUGAAGAGGAUGCCGAGGCGGGGCAGAGUGCGGCCGAGGAGGCUGCGCUGACACUGGCCGAGCCGCAAGACAACAUACAGGCUGGCAAAGACAAUUCGAUGGCGCUUACAACGCUGGAUGGAGUCAUGGACGAACCCCACCAUCCAAACACUUUCGACGCCGUCGAUUUCGCCAACAACGAGGCACAAGCGGCUGCAAACCAUGAUGAAGACGCAGCACUGGCGCUUGAGUUGGCGCCUCCGCCGACCUUCACCGAAAACGCAGGAAUGAAAUACGGCGGCAGUGACAUUCACGGUAGUGACAGCGGACUGGGCACCGAGCCACCAACUGCGACAGAAGAGAGACCUCACGGUGAGGCGGAGGAAUACUUCGCCAUGAGCAAGGCCGACGGGGUCGGCGUGCAAGUUUGA